AUGGAUCUCACUGCUCCAAAAUACUUUCAACCUCCCCCUGUUUUUGCUUCUAAUGGGGAACCAGCAUUGGAGACCAAGACCAACACAAGCUUCUAUGGGAAGGGCAAGGAAAAUCCAUUUGCGGACUCAUUUCAAGACCCACUGUGCAAGCUUAAUCUCAAGGAGACAUCUGAGUUUGUCAAAUCAUUUCCAAUGGCAAAUAGCAGCACCGAAUGCAGAGGAUUUCUUGAAGUGUCAGCUCAAAGGAGAAUAGAGGGAGCGAACUCAGUCACACAUAGAAGAGUAGAAGCUCCUCCUACUCCUGAGAAGUGGGUGAUGAACAGUUCUUGCCACGAGUCUCCUGCUCAUGUCAUAAAGCCAUCACCAGAGUCUUCAAAGAUUCACAAACAAUGUGAUAGUUUUAAGCAGGAAAUAGAGGUAUAUGCGGAGAAAUCAAGGGUCACGGAGGAAAAAGUAUCAAAAGUUAUUGCCAGCUUUCAAGGGUCGGUGGCUUUGGACCAACAUAACUCAGCUACAGCUUUUAAUGGGCUUUCUGCGGAUGUUCUUCUAAAAGAUAAGUUCACAAGUGAGGUAGAGCCGGUUUUACCGAAUUUUAGAUAUUCAGAACCAUUGAAAGAAGGGUUUCUCUUUAGAAACUCAGCCAAUGAAAGCAAGAAAGAUGCUGGCACUGAAGUAAUUCAUGAGGUGAAACACAGAGAUGUUGGAACAGAGAUGACUCCACUUGGCAGUUCCACGACUUCUAGGUGCCACACACCAUUCAAGAGUUCAUCACCUGCUCGCCAUAACACACCUGCCAAUAGGUCAGGCCCAUUGGCCUUGGAGAACUCGGGCAGUGGCAAUAAUACCAUUGACAUUUCCCAGCUGCAAGAAUGCCAUUUGGCUAAGCUGCAGCUUGGGACACAAUAUGAUUCUGUUACAUCAUAUUGGAGCUCAAGGGAAGAGGAAGAAGAGGAAAUAUCAAAAAGCCUAAGACAUUUUGAAACAGGCAUUGUGUCUCAGAAAAGUGUUUCAGAUUCAAGAGCUGCAGCGUGGGAAGAAGAGGAAAAGACAAAGUGCUGUCUUAGGUAUCAGAGAGAGGAAGCGAAAAUUCAAGCUUGGGUUAACCUUGAAAAAGCAAAAGCAGAAGCUCAAUCAAGAAAGCUUGAGGUGAAAAUACAAAAAAUGAGAUCAAAUCUAGAAGAGAAAUUGAUGAAGAGGAUGGCAGUUGUGCACAGAAAAGCUGAAGAAUGGAGAGCAGCAGCUGGCCACCAACACACCGAGCAGAUUCAAAGGGCUAGUGAACAAGCACAGAAGAUGAUCGUAAACAGACAUAACAUCCAAUUUUCUGGUCGCAUUUCUUGUGGUUGCCUACCUUGCAGCAAUAAUCAUUGA